GAUUUCAAAAGUUGAAUCAUUAAACAAAGUUUCAAGAUUUCCUUUCAAUGCGGAUGUAUUGCGACAACUAAGAUCCCCUUAGUGCUUGGUCUAGACAACUAACAAGGUUAAAUUUGGAAGAGCAAGUGGAAAAAAGAAGAAACGGGUACCUAAACAAUACGACUGCGCGUGGUAAUGGACUGACUCAAUACAAUAAGCCAUGAAACUGGGACUGGAUAUGCGCCUUCUGGUGCUAGGACUCUGUGGAUGUUUCGUUCUUGUACUUGGGCACACUAACACUCAAAACUGUAAUAUGCAACUCUUGGCCAGCCAAGUUUCUGCACAACUACACGCUACAUUUGAAAGCAAUCUCCAUGCGGCGAAGCUCCAAACACUUUACCAAAAUGUUGAAUUCUCAAACGCACCGUCUACAAAUCCUCAUGAUAUACUCCAAGCUAUUGCUAGAGGAAUUGAACACAAAUUUAACGAGACGAUAAAUGCUUUGCUGAAUGCCAAGACAGCAUUGACAAAUACAGGCGCUUCGAACACGCGAAUCAUUGAAUGCUGCGCAAUGCCUGCGAUAGCACGCGCAAACUACAGCUAUCGCUUUCGCGCUAUGCUCAACACUUCUGUAGCUUGCAAGACACGGAAUCCUAAGGACAGUGGCAUCAUACAAGGAGAGAAUUCACUGGUUAAAACCUUCAGAAAUAAUCUUGUCGAUAGUAGUGUUAUAUCGUGGCAGUAUUUUGGUACAUCUACAGGCAAUUACCUGCAGUUUCCAGCGAGUGGCAAGGUCUGUAAUGGGAGCUCAAGUUUCGACCCACGAUUCCAAUCAUGGUAUGUAGAGGCCGUCACGCGCAUGCGCACCAAUAUCGUGGUAGUGAUUGACAGGAGCUCUUCAAUGUCUACCGCUGGGCGCAUGGCGCUUGCGCGCCAGGCCGCAGUUACUGUACUUGACACACUGGGACCCAAUGAUAAGGUUGGUGUUGUGGCGUUUUCUCAUUUCAUCAUCAAGCCCCCAGGGUGCUUCGGGGGCAAUGUCGCCGAGGCUCUGCCGAAGAACAUCAACCGGAUAAAGGCCUGGGUCGAGGCCCUUACACCAAGAGGAGCUACAAUGUACGUGCCUGCACUUGAAGCUGCGUUUAAGAUGUUGGCUGGAGUGAGUCAGAGCAGCAACAGCAGGAGAUCAGCCGAGAACAUGAUUUUGUUCCUGACGGAUGGUGACCCCUUUGACCGAAAUCCAGACGUUUCUAUCUUCGAGGCGAUAAGAAUUGGUCAAAGAAAAUUGGCUUUUCCAGCUCGCAUUAACGUAUAUGGCUUGGGGGAGUCACUCAACAUUGACAACCUGAACCGACUCAAGCGAAUUGCAUCCUUAAACAAUGGCACAUUUACUCAAAUCAACGACCAAGACGCUUCCAGCCUCAGCACCAUCAUGGGAAAAUAUUACACUAGUACCGCAAAGACCCGAGAAGACUCCCCAGCAAUAUCAGUGCCCCAUCUUAUAAAGGAUCUUGGUCUGGUGGUCACCCUGUCUCUCGCUGUUAAGAGUAGGCAUGGGAACGUAUCGGGUGUUGUAGCCGUCGAUGCGCCGCUUGAUACUCUCAUGAAGGAAGUCGUUCAUUUUUCUACCACAGGAUUACCGUAUGCCAUUGUCGUGGACAAUAAGGGAAGAACAUUGCUUCAUCCAAAUGCUCCCGCGCCAACAGAUCACUUGACUGCGCCCACGUUCCAGCCGCUGACACUUUACGAGCCAUUUUUGACGCCAGACAUGUACAUAAAUAUUACAAGUGGAACACCCGGCAGUGAACGUAUACAGACCUCCAUUCUCUUAUCCCGUGGGGACCCUCUGACAGAUGGUGUCACAAAGGUCGUUAUAAAUGCUACCUAUACCUGGCAACCGGUCAGGGGAGGGGUGUAUACAAUUAUUCUGGUCACUAGUGAUAGGAUGGAUGCGCGAUUUCUGGAAAAGGCUACAGUCUUACUUUCCACCGUCCAUUCUUAUUAUCAUCGCCUCGAUCUCUCAUGGCAAAAUACAGCCCUUUCCCGCACUCCCUCCGUAUGCAGAACCGAUGGCAACCUGAUCGCUCCACUCUCAUCAACAGUGAAGAUUGCACCUGAGGCAUUCAAUGAUAGUGCGCGAUACGUCAACACUCCUGAGACUCAGCAUGACGUCGAGGCGAUUGAACGUUUCUUCAAUGAUUUAUCACAGCAAGUAAAGUACUCAGAUCUGAGUGAGCAAGCGCGCGUUGACGUCUUACUUACGGCGCAACUUGAAAACCAAUGGAAUGAGUCACGACACAGGGAUCCCGACACAGUCAAAUGGAGAUAUAUAGGCACCGAGGGAGGUGUGUUCAGAGUGUUUCCCGGACUGAGAAUGAAUAAAACCUACUCCCACAAGCGUCAGCCAUGGUAUCGACGAGCGAUCGCUAACGCUGGAAGACUGACAGUGUCCCGUGCGUCUCUUGGGACACACCUACGUCACCAUGGCAACGCGAUGAUAUCGGUCGGGAAGACUUUUACCAGCAAGAGGUCGGAUUGGAUGGUGACCGAGCCUGUUGCUGGAGUCACGGGGCUCGACAUGACCAUCGAUGCUUUUCGAGAGAUGCUCGAUUAUACGCGUGAAAGAUGUGCCAUUGAUUCUCAAGACUGUUACAUUAUGGACGAUAGCGGGUUCUUGGUAGUUGACAUAAGAGCGAGGUCACUUGUUGUGUCUCGUCACGUGACAGGAGUGUUUCCAUGGCUAGCAGUGAAGCUGACGUCAGUAGCUGGACUAGUUGAGCCUCAAUGGUGUAACAACCUCGAAGAUCUUCGCUCCCAGCUCUACUAUACCAUACACCUGCCCCUGAACUCUUCAAAGUCCGCCCCGAAUGCCGAACCUUGCCGGCAAUUCAGCCUCGACCUCGUGCCGCAUACAAAUGUCUUUCUGUUGAGCGUGACGUCACGCGAUGGACUAGUCUGUAACGAAUCACCAGAUCCGUCUUGUAGGUGCCAGGUAGCGUGUACAAGUUGUACAGGGCAAGUGAAUCCGUGCCAGUGCCCUUGCUCGUGUAAGAUGAAGUAUGACGAGUGCACGAAUUCUAUUACCGGAUUAUGGACCGGCACGCCCUGCCCAGCUCCACUUCCGCCACUAUUCGAUACUGCAGUUGGUCGUCAGUUGAAACUUGAAGCACUGCGUGCAGUUGCACCAUGUCCAAAGCCGUGUUAUACGCUCACUACCGAGUCUGACUGCAACACUUCCACCUCAUGUCACUGGUGCUCGUCUGCCGCUACACCCAAGUGCAGCCCUGUCUGUAGGACCAAUGAAAGACUGACGCUCAAGGUACUAUACCCCUGUAAUGACUUCCUUUACUUGACUCCGAGCCAGCAAGGCGAAGUUCUCCAGGCUUUUAGGGACAUCCUAUAUCGAAACAUCACCAAGCUGACUGCCAAGGGAUUAGGAACUACGACUUUAACAUCGGAAGGAAUAACGUUGACACUUUACGGUACCACUGCUGGGACUCCUGUGGAAUUGUCACGUGACCAAAUUUACGAUCUGGUGGACAAGAAGGAGCUACGAAUUGGGCCCACGAUAUCUGUUCAGCGGUCGUACUCACCAGCAAAAUAUAAGGACUACACUAAUGUUAACGUAGAGUCACUAGCACAAAACAACAUCGACAUGAAAUCGCUGAAUGACAGUCAGAAGAAAGAGUUAUUCAACAACCUUCAAGAUUCUAUCAAUGGUCUGCUUGGGAACUCACCGGCUAGCUGCCUUUGGCAUACAGAUAUCAAACAGGACACAAUCCUAUUCUCUCUGACCAAUCAUGGUGACACUUCUUCGUACCCAAUCAAGACAACUAUCGCUUUGUUACGCAAUUUUGUUGCUAAGCAACAACUACGCCUAUUCGUACCAGCCCGAGGCGGCUCCAAAUGGGUAACCGUACAAAACAUAACAUUCAACGCGACCUUUGAUUAUAUCUGCCACCCACCGAAUACGACACAACAGCCUCCGGCUACUACUACAAGAAUGAAAACAGAUGCACCCGGAGUUCCUGAAAAACCGAGUGACAACUCCAUCCUUACCCACCCCUCCCCUGAUCACUCACAGCCCACCCCGCAUGAUCCCAUAGCUACCAAGGGACUGGCGCCCAGAGACAUCUUUAUUGUGGUCAUCACAGCUUUGGGAGGGACGGCUAUGUGCCCGCUGAUCCUUUUCUUUGCGUAUCGUCGGCGCAGGCGCAAACGACUAGCUCCAUCGCCGAGUCCAGAGGUAGAUGAGGAUUUGCCUUCAGAUGUUAGUCGAAUUACUGAUAUAGAGUUUGAUAUUUCUGAAGCUGAGGAGUCUAAAGUAUCGAGUGUUACAGGUAAAGACGCUACAGCUCGUAGAGAAAGUAGAGUGAUAGAACAACCAGUUUGGUCUGGGAAGUAUCGCAGGAAGAAUGUCUGGAAAAUAAAAGUGUUAGCUGCAGCUCGACUUGAGGAAAACGCGCGAAGAAAAAAUAAGCAAACCAGUGAGAUAACAUCAUCAACGCGAAACGAGCAGUUAGAAAGUGAAACAUUAUCGGCACACAAUCCGAAAAUAGAUACAUCACAACAAUUUCAAGAUUCUUUACAAGCACACUAUACACGGCACCAACAGAGCCUCACAGUUGAUCCAAUGGGUGACGACAACGACCAGCAGUUGUCAUCACAUCGACAUGCGCAGAGAAGUAGAAAGGUUUUAACUGAACUCAACAAUGACGCUGGUCAGCAGAUGUUACAAAUAAAACAUGCACCUUCCACUGCGGUAACACCACAUCGAAUUCUAAAGUAUAGUGAUGAUGGUUUUAACCAAUCACAUUUCACUAAAGACGUUCCACGAAACGUGUUCCGAGAAACAGACUUUGCCAUGACAACAUUUCGCCCUCAUGGAAUACGCAGACAAAGUCUCAAUGGAAUGCAACGCGAACCACCGAGAAGGCCUGUUCGACAUAGCUCUCAGAUGGCGAGUGGGGUAUUUGUGGCAGAAACUGGUAUGAAAAGGAGUUCACUCACAGAUCAAAAGAAAUAUAGGGACAUUGAAAAGCCAAAAGAGGCCUGGGGACAACAGAGGCGAGCAAGCCUGUUGACUAAAAAACCGUCAGCUUUAGACUUUUAGAAUUGUAAGCAGUUACUGUUUGUCUGAUCUUUUUUUAUUAAUGUAGAGGAUUAAGACCUAAGUCUUGUACAGUAUAUUACCUUUCAUAGUUCAAAAAAGUUCGUACUUCCUGUAAAUAAUGUAAGAAUAUAUGUUGUAACUUUUACUAAAAAAUAGUUCACAGAGAACUAGCAACUCUCUUCUUAAACAAAUAAUGCGAUACCAUCCAGUCAUUUCCAUGAUUAAAACCGAAAGUCUCCGAGCAAUAAAUGAAAAACAUCCUCCAAUUAAA